AUGGCAGAAAAUACGCGUUCAAGUGACACAGCUGGUACAGCUAAUACUGAUUCUAAUAUUGAUGAAUCCUUAAAACAAUUGUUAAAUUAUUCAAUACCCGAACAUGCCCCCUUUGAAUCUUCAACAUCAACUUCUCACUCAUCAUUAUAUCGCGAGUCUAAUAACUCAGAACUUGCCUGCAUUAUAAACUGUGAUUUGGCAAUGAACAAUCUCACAACUUUUGAUACAGCAGAAAAUAUUUGGGCAAAUUUAAAUCUGCGAUGUAUUGAAAAAUUUGGUAAUAAUAAUUCUCAGACUGCUGAUAUUUCAAAUUCAGACUCUAUAAUAGGAGAAUCAAGCUACCAUAAAAGUACUGAAUUGAAUUCACCUCUACAAGCGCCACAAGUAACUAAUGAAAGUGCCAAAUUGAAUUCACUUUCGCAAUCGCUACCGGUAGCUAAUAAAAGUGCCGAAUCAAAUUCUCCUCCACAAGCGUUACCUGUAGCUAAUAAAAGUGAUGAACUGAAUACGCCUCCAGUAGCUAAUGAAAAUAAUGAAUUGAAUUCACCUUCACAAGCGUUACCGAUGGCUAAUAAAAGCGCUGAUAAUGAAAGUACCAAAUUGAAUUCAUCUAUACAAGCUCUGCCGGUAGCAGUACCAGAAAAAGUAUCAGUAGAAGCACCGACAACAAAGGCACCAGUAAGAUCACCCACAUUAAAAUUAGCAGAAAAAGUACACGGUGCAGAAGUGUUUGUAGUAGUAGAAAUACAAACUUCAAAAAUGAAAAUGCCGGUGGAAUCACAAGCAUUAGUUUUAGAAGUGUCAGAAGAAUCUCAAGAACUAGUAUCUACAUCAACAUCAUUAGUAAAAAAACGUAAACUUAACUGUGUUGAAAUUUCCUUGGAUGAGGAUGUUGAUGAAAGUGACCAUGAUGAUAAAACUAUUAUGAAAGAAAAGUUGAAUUCUGCCCAAAUGCUUUUGUUUAAAAAGAGAAAGAAACUACGUGAUAUUUUAACUAUCAAAAACUUCAAGAUAUUCAACGCCUUGGCUGAAUUGUCAAUGGCUGAAAAAAUUACAGUUGUCGACGAAAAGUCCGCUAUGGACAGAAUUAAUCAAUGGAAAAAACUGGAGUUAUGUUGUGAAAGCCUUGUGAUAGCGGCAGAAUCUUUCAAUUUGCUACAUUUAGCAUCAUUAGUUCAAAUUUAUAAUGAUCUUUCAAUGCUUGCUGAAAGAUUAGAAAUUAAAAAUACAAAAUCCUGGGUGAUCUCUUUUAUGCGAAGUAAGCUUAAUAUCGAUCAAAAAGCCGAACAAAGAAAUAGGUUGGGAUGCGACAUAUUGUGCAAGUUAUUUAAUGAUGGAAUAACACCUGCGCAGUUUGCGCAAGCAGGUUGUCGCAAGUAUGAUUUUUUUGUAAAGCAAAAAUAUUAUGAUAUAUUUUUGUCUCAAAUUCCCACUCAUCAAUCAAUUACUUUAAGCCAACCAGAUGAACGUAUUUCUGAAAUUAUGUUGAAUCAAGAUUUCACCAUACUAGAAAGAAAAAGUGAUGUUGUAUUUAAAUUGAGUUUAAGCGAAGAAUUCAGAGAUUUAAGGGAGAAGUUUAAAGGAAGUGAGUAUAUCGAAUGGGCAUAA